CUAAAGAGUAAAGCUUUCUCCUUUGUCAUCUAAAAAUAAUGUAUUCCUCUGAUUGAGCCCACCCACCUUACUCUUAUUCAUUCUCUCUACUCUGAAACUUCCCCAAAACCAGAACCCCUUUUGUGGACUCUCUCAAAGUCUUCGCUUUGAACAACACCCUCUUCCUUAAAACCUUCAUCCUAAUCUAAUCGCUUAUCCACACAGCUCAACACAAGGAAGUCAUUGGGAUUAAAGGAGGAGCAUUGGUGAGGAAAGAGUAGUGUUUGUCUUUGCAGUUUCUGUGUCAGCUGUUUCGUGUUUAUUGGGAAAAUCAUUGAGAUGGGUUCUCUUUGCUGCUGUCCAUGUGGUGAUGAAUUUGAAGAAUAUGCUCUUCCAAGCAAUCCAGUGUACAGGCAUUGCGCGUGCCUCAGAUACUUCUUCCACCAGCUAUUCAGCGGGUAUAGUGCACCGUUUCAAAGGCUUGAUGGGAGAUCAGUCCCGUCACCUAACCAAGGGGCUACUUCUUCUGUCCCAUCUGGAACUGGCACAACAGUAGCUAAUAACUCCUCAAAUGAGACUCAAUUCUCAGUGGCCAGGCCAUCACCCUUUGAUGCCGAUCAGAGGUACUCACGUUUGCAGCGCGACGGCUUGAUCUCUAGGCGUGAGAAGUCAAUGACACAUUUGCAGGAAGAUGCACAACAAGUGAGAAGAAGCAGUUCUGGGACAGAGUCCCUGGGUUCGGGGAAGAAACGGAAUGGAGUUGAUACUGAAGAAGAUUGCAAGUUAGGUCAAUCAGAGACCUCAGAAAAGGAUCUAGCAUCAAAAGUCGCAUAUGGACUAACUUAUGUGCAGUCAUCUUCUGAAGAUGAUGAUGUCUGCCCUACAUGUCUUGAUGAUUAUACCCCUGAAAAUCCUAAAAUCACAACAAGAUGUUCUCACCAUUUCCAUCUUGGCUGUAUUUAUGAGUGGUUGGAAAGAAGUGAAAGUUGUCCAAUGUGUGGAAAGGAGAUGGAGUUCUGUGAAAGCCCCUAACUUUUAAUAUCUGAUUUCAAAGCAAUAGAGCAAAUACAUAUAGCAGCUAUGAGUUUCUGUAAAUAAAAGUCGUGUUGUUUAUAAGGUUUGCAAAGAUGGAACCGAUUGUUCAUUUGUGUCUAGUUUGUAAUACUUCUUGUGUUUCUUCAGGCUUCAUGUUUGAAUGCCCCAUCUUACUUCUUGUAUAGAACUCCACAGAUCAGUGUGGUACCAUAUUCAGCUAUUGUAAACAUAAUUGUUAAGAAAACAUCUGAAUGGCAGACAUCAACUCUUUUUUCUUCUUC